AUGGACGAAAAAGACAGACCAUGCGGUAAAGACGUGGCGCAAGGUUCAGGCCAGGGCACGUCGAGGAUCAGAAGGCUGGUAGUAAUAUCGUUUGUGCUUCUAUACUGUUUGGUAGGUGUUCCUCUAUGGUAUAGAUUGACUACUAUCUACAGGGCCCCUUUGCCUUCGGACUAUAUUAGAGAUUUGCAUUCUGAUCCACACUCAGAUAUUCACCUAACAAUUCCGGUUUAUGUAAGAUCGGACGUGUACAAGUUUCCUGACAUCAACAAUGCCAUCCAAAACCAAGCGGAUGCUUUACUGCAAAGUGUAAACAGUGAAACUGGGAAAAAAGUACAGUGGUCCUUACAGAUACUUCCAUUCGAAGAUGGCAAAGUUGAUUUGGAACAGGAUUACGUGGUGACUUUGGUUUUAGACGAGUUCAUGGGCUUAACAAUGCCACAAUUGAGUAUGGAAACGAUUGUUUUCUACAAUGAUAAGUCUGUAGUGAAUAACGAUUUACCAUUUUUUGUUGCACAGGCUUUAAUUGAGCAUACUUUCAAACCAGAAUUUAACCGCUUCAGCAAGGGCAGGAUCGAGGAGAAUAACAUGGCUGUAAGCUAUAAUCCGGAAAUGCAUAUUUCAAUAUCCUUGUUAACAGGUGAUGGUUAUCCUGUCUCUUGGGCCAUUGAACAAUCAGUCAGAGAAUAUUUCAGCCCUGUUAGAGAUCUUUUGUCUCCUGUAGUGAACUUCACUGUGGAUACAGGUAUUGAAUACCACAACGACUUGAACUUGCAGUCGAUACCGAACUCGGACAGUAUAUCCUGGGAAGAUUUGUCGCAUACCUUAGACCUAUCCGACCUUUCAUCUGUCAAUCAUUACAAGGAACAUAAUUCCAUUAAUUUAGCGAUUGUUUUCCCAUCCCAGAAUACUGGACCACUAAACUUCAUUAACGAUACUACUAGCACAAUAUCCGAUAAAGCUGACUCUGAAAGCAUCUGGAGAUCAUUCCUCGUACCUCAAUGGGGGGUAGUAGUGUUGAAUAAAAAUCCAUUGCCCGCUAAUGCAUACGUGACCGAGGAAUAUUUAUCCCUAGUCCUUUCAACUUUUUCGAAUGACCUCUUCAAAUUGCUCGGUAUCACACGUUCGAAUGAGGAAUUGAAUUCACCAUUAUCUCAGAUUGGCUCCUUCAAAAGACUAAUGAUAAUCGAAAACCUAGAAACUAGCAUCACCACAUUGUCAUCAUUGGUAAACAUGACUAACAAUCUACAGCAAAUGUCAAUCCCUAAAGAAGUUUUGGAAGAUGUGAAUAAUGCAUUGAGUUUAAGACUACAAAUUAUUAGACUAUUAAACAACCCGGAGUUGGGCAGCGAAGCGGUGUGGAAUGAAGCAUUAAUAUUAUCAAAUGAACUUGUCAAAAUUUGUGAACGUGCAUUUUUCAACAAGGAAAUGGUCCAACAAAUGUUCUUCCCCCAAGAACACAAGAUUGCAGUCUACUUGCCUUUACUAGGACCAAUCACGGUAGUUACAUUCACUGGCUUCAUCAAAUAUUUAAAAGAUGUCUUAAAAAAGAGGGAAAAAAAUGAAAAAAAUACUGCUGAUCUCAAGGAAGAGAAGGCCGACUAA